UUCAAUGAUUUAAUUGAUUUUGGUGAUCCUUAAAAUAUUUUUAAAUUGUAUUAGGAAUACGAAAGAGAUAACAAAAAAUGUAACCAAGACAAAACAAAUGCUGUUAUCAAAAGCGUCACUUCUUAAUUAACGAAGAUGAAGUGCGCAAAUUAAAAACAACGCUACUCAAUUAAUGCAAGCAUCGAUGCGAUUAGAUAAAAAGCGAGUGAGGUUCUUCACCCCUUUCGAAUAAAGUUAUUAAAAUUUAAUUUUUAAUUAACCUAAUGUCAGAAAAUUAAGCAUGUAACAAAAAUGCGGACGAAAAAAUGUGUGAAAUUGAGCGACCCAGGAGGUCUGGCUUCUGUAUUGCCCUUUGACCUCAUAAGCAAUUUUAGUAUAUCACAAGUCUGCAUAAAUUUAGCUGUUGAUUCGGUGAGGACGUGAUAAAAUUUGAUCUGCUGGAAGCAUCAGAAGCUGCUGACUGUGAAACCGGACACUCGCUCCGAACUGCAGAGCAAAAAACGACCCAUGUGACGGCGGGGGCCGUGACUUGACGCGAAUGAAAAGGAUCGCGCAAAAACUAAAUUGCGUUUCAGACUAUUCAGACGCUUCAUUUAGCAGUAGUUAGUGGCCGGACGAAAACCUAAACGCACUCUCGAGUUUAUUAAGCGCCAUUAACAGGCUCAAAGAAGAAAGCUAAGCCUUGACUGCAAGAUGGCAAGUGUGUUGGAAUCUCUACUCGGCGUUUUCGGUUUUGGCCAGCCCAAGGAUCUGGACGUAGAGGACCCUGUGACGGGACUCACCCCGCGCCAGAAGAAUCUCGUCCGUUCAACAUGGGCACUUGUAAUGCCCAACAUUAGAACGGUCAGCGUGGAGUUAAUUAUAACGUUCUUCGAUAAGCACCCUGGGUACUACAGCUUGUUCAAAUCGUUUGAAGGCUUGAGCAUUGCGGACCUGAAGACAAGCAAGAAGUUUACAGCCCACGCCACCACUGUCUUCCACGUUUUAGCCAGUGUGGUAGAUGCGUUGGAGGACACCGAACUUUUGGUUGAGUUGUGCACAAAACUCGGCAAGGCGCACGCCGGCCGAAAUGUGCCGCCCAGCGCAUUUGAGGACCUCAAACCGAUUGUCAUGCAAGUGCUAUCUGAGAAGCUGGGCAAAAAACUCACUCCUUCAACGGCUGAGGCAUGGGACAAGACGCUCACUGUUGCGUUCUCCCUUAUUAAAAAAGAACUCGCCGCCCCUGCAAGUGAAUGAGAAAGAUGCAGAUUUCCCAAUUAUCUAUCGCUGAACAUGUAUUUUUGUAUAAGAGAUGCAUUUUUUUAAAUAAUUUUCAACAGAGCAUUUACAUUUAAUUAAAAAUUCAGUGUUUUCAUCAUGCUCAGUUGCCACUCACCUGCUCUUAAUAACAUAUUUAUGGAUUAUAUAUGUUGGCAGAGAAUGCCCGGUAAAUAUUAAUAAACAUUAUUUGAAACUAAACAGA